GAGGAUGCCUGUGAAAUCUACGCCAGAGCAGCCAACAUGUUUAAGAUGGCAAAGAACUGGAGUGCCGCAGGGAAUGCGUUCUGUCAGGCCGCUCGGCUCCACAUGCAGCUGCAGAACAAACUGGAUUCGGCCACCAGCUUCGUCGACGCCGGCAACGCCUUCAAGAAGGCCGACCCACAGGAGGCCAUCAACUGUCUAAACCAGGCCAUUGACAUCUACACCGAUAUGGUAAGCCUUCAACCAAGGAGUGGUGCAGGAAUGAGUCCCCAACCGG